AUGUAUUUCAUUGCCUCUGAGGGUUUGAAGUACAGAGUUUUUGAGGUUUCUCUUGCUGAGCUUCAAGGAGAUGAGGACCAAUCUUACAGGAAGAUCCAUCUCAGAGCUGAAGAUGUCCAGGGAAGGAGUGUCUUGACCCAGUUCUGGGGUAUGGACUUCACCACGGACAAGCUAAGGUCAUUGGUGAAGAAGUGGCAGACAUUGAUUGAAGCCCAUGUCGAUGUGAAAACCACUGACAGUUACAACUUGUGGUUGUUUUGCAUUGCUUUCACCAAGAGGCGUGCUAACCAGGUCAAGUGUACUUGUUAUGCUCAAUCCAGUCAGAUCCGCCGGAACCACAGAAAGAUGAGUGAGAUUAUGGUGAAGGAGGCUUCAUCUUGUGACCUUAAGGAGCUUGUGGCCAAGUUCAUCCAUGAGUCCAUUGGUAGUAAUAUUGAGAAGGUCACACAAGGCAUCUACCCAUUACAAAAUGUUUUCAUCCGUAAAGUCAAGAUCCUUAAGGCUCCCAAAUUUGACCUUGGAAAGCUAAUGGAGGUAAGAACUGAUAUCACAUUUAUUUAUGUCUUAGUCUUGAUUAUGAAGACGUUGAAUCUAACUUUUUUGUUCUCGCUUUUCUUGUUGGGUGCAUGGAGACUACACAGAGAGGAUGUUGGUGUGAAGGUAGACAGACCAUAA